AUGGGUGAUAGAACACUUAAGCAAUUGGCUGCUCCUAAUGUUGAUAAUGAGCAGCCCUUGUGUAUUCGUUAUACUAAUCCUGUUGUACCUUUUGAGCUUAAGUCUGGACUAAUACACUUGCUGCCCAAGUUUCAUGGUCUUGCAGGUGAGGAUCCCCACAAACAUCUGAAGGAAUUUCAUAUAGUCUGCAGCACUAUGAAGCCAACAGGGGUGGAUGAGGAACAAAUCAAGCUGCGUGCUUUCCCUUUCUCUUUGGACAGUGGAGCUAAGGACUGGUUGUACUACCUGCCACCUUCCUCCAUUGUAAGCUGGAAUGACAUGGCCAGAUUGUUUCUGGAGAAAUUCUUCCCUUCAUCCAGGGCCACUUCAAUCAGAAAGGAGAUCAGUGGCAUAAGGCAAGCUAAUGGGGAGAACAUGCAUGAGUAUUGGGAGCGAUUUAAAAGGCUUUGUUCAAGCUGCCCACACCAUCAAAUUCCAGACAAUCUCCUGCUUGUUUACUUCUAUGAAGGGCUGCUGCCUAUGGAUAGGAACCUUCUGGAUGCAGCUAGUGGAGGAGUCCUGAGCAAUAAAACACCUAAUGAGGCCAAGGAGCUGAUUGCUGAGAUAGCUGCUAAUGCUCAACAAUUUGGCACUAGAGCAAGCAGCAAUGCAGUGUUCCAAGUGCAAACUUCUCCAAUGCAAAAUCCAAUAGUGGCAGCAGCAGGAGCAUCAAGCACAGAUAACCAGAGAAUAGAGAACAGGCUUGAUGAGUUGACAUCAAUGGUGAGGCAGUUGGCAGUGACACAGACAGUGCAACCUUCUGCUCAACAGACAAACAACCCGUGUGGCAUCUGUUGUGAUCCUUCUCAUCCCACGGAUGCUUGUCCUUCCUUACAUGACAGCGGUUCCCAAGUUGACCAGUCUGUUGCUGCAGUUUUUCCUGAAAAUCCACAGCACCAGCACCAGCAGCAAAAUAAUCCAUUCUCCAACACUUACAAUCCUGGCUGGAAGAAUCAUCCCAACCUCAUAUGGAACCAGAAUCAGCAAAAUGUUCCAUAUCAGAGUCAACAAAAUUUACCAUUCCAGCAGAGGCAGCAGUUUGUGCCUCCACAACAGAGGCAAAAUUUUCAACAAUUUGCCCCUCAGCAGCCAAUGCAGCAGCAGCCACCAACAGUUCCAAAUCCAAAGGGAACCGGCAAUGUUAGUGCCAUCUCUCUGCGGUCUGGCAAGCAACUGGAGGAACCAAACCAAUCUGCUGUUAAGUCAUCUCAAGGAGGUGACACUGGUUCAAGGAAGCAAAAUACUGAUACUUCUGAUGUCCACAUCCCGUUACCUUUUCCUCAAAGAGCCACUCAGUCUAAAAAGCAAGCAGCAAAAGCUCAAGAUAAAGAGAUUCUUGACACCUUCAGAAAAGUAGAGGUCAAUAUCCCACUCUUGGAUGCGAUUCAGCAAAUUCCAAGAUAUGCUAAGUUUCUGAAGGAGUUAUGCACCAACAAGAGGAGGCUGAAAGGAGAUGAACGAGUCAGC